UGCUGUAGUUUACUUUCUCCUCUGCGGGUCGUGAGCAUCGUGCACCUCCUACACCACCUCCAAACCGCAUUUCUGUUUAUUUUUCUUUGCCCUCUCGGUUGUGGCGCAGUAUUUUCGCUUUUCCGGACAAGUUUGCACAAGUUGUACGUUGCGCAAUGAACGUGACACUGACUGAUUGACUUUUGUUGGCUUGAAAAGUAACACCGCAGCUAGCAUCACUGGGUUUUAGCCUAGCCCACUUUUUGACCGAGAGUUCCUUCUUCAGCAGUGCCUUCUGAAUAUAGGCUGAAUAUCUGGCGCAAAAUAUGGCUUUAGUUGCAGCUUUUAGAAGAUUGGCGCAGUAUUCACGUAGAUCUGCCGCUGUCCUGUCCUCUCCCGCAGUUCGGCACAGUAAUCCUAGAAGCUUUACCUUCGGCUUACAGCCCCUAAGGGCGGACAACAAAGUGACUGUACAUUUUGUGAACAGAGAUGGAGAGAAAGUGACAGUGAAAGGCUCUCCUGGAGAUUCUCUGCUCGACGUGGUCAUAAACGAAGACCUGGACUUUGACGGAUUUGGAGCGUGCGAGGGAACACUGGCCUGCUCCACGUGUCACUUAAUCUUCGAUGAGGACGUGUACAAGCAGCUGGGGCCAGUCACUGAUGAAGAGAUGGACAUGCUGGAUUUGGCGUACGGACUUACAGACACGUCUCGGUUGGGUUGCCAGAUCUGCCUGACCAAAUCUCUGGACGGGAUGGUGGCGCGUGUCCCUGAAAGUGUAGCAGACAUCAGACAAAGCAAAGACGGUUCAGCGUAAAAACUGUGAGCUGUAGUUACACGUGCGCACACACAAGGGGGCGCCAUGCUCUGUGUCCAGGGUCCGGGGUACGUCCAACUGCUCCACGCCUGUUUCCUGACUUUUGAUACAAUAGAUUUAUCAGUUUUCUACGAUCACCUAUAAUAGACAACUCACUUAAAGGUGCUUUGCGUAACUAUUCUGGUGGAGGGAGGCUUGUUGCUAUGGAGACGUCGCUUCUCUGCCUGGAAUGUUCCACAGUGUGACAUUAAACAGCUCUAGUUAGUUCACAUUUAUUCAAUUACAGGUGGUUUUAUAGCUCAAAAAUACUUAGAAAAACAGGCGUUCUGACCUGUAACUUGGUUUGGUUUGGUCUCCACGGUGAUAGAAAGGUUUAAUGCCAUACUGUGAAACAUUCCAGACGAAGCAGUAACGUCUCCAUGCAGAAACGUUACACAAUGCACUUUUAACGUUACUGGAAAAAGUUUCGAGUGUCGAGUUGGGUUUCUAUUUGCCUUUUACAAUCAAUUCCCCAUUAAGUUAUUAUUAUUUUUUUUUAUACCCCUUUUGAUGCUUUGUAACUGUCAUCAACUCUCUGGAGUGGUGAAGCUAACCGGAGGCACUGCUCUGUCUGAAGCUCUGUUACUUUAGACUUUAAUCUGAGCUUUGUUUUAACGCAAUCUGACUUUCGAUUUGACUUUCCGAGCCUUUGAGAGAGAUAUUAACACCUGUUGUGUUUUUGCUUACGUGUGCGUCGCAUCGCCAUGGCAACCGCUGAACGUUCUGCCAUAGACGUGCACGCAGAACCCCCCCCUCCAUGUAGUAUUUAAGCAAUUAUUUAUUUAACAAGAUCUGGCCCCUAAUUGAAAGUUACCACACCUAACGUCUAUAUGUCCAUGUAGAAUCUAUAUUUUUGGGCUAGUAUGAAUUAACUACUUAAAGGUGCAUUCUGUAACUUUUCUGGAGAACGUCUCAUACCUGCUUGUCUCCAUGAAGAUGUUAUUCCUUUGCCUGGAAAGUUCCACAGUACGACAGCAAACUUACCUAUCAAUCUACUUAAAUACAGAUAUUCUUUGGUGCUCAUAAAUACCUCAAAAACAUUCCUGCAGUCCACGUGUGGGGUCGCCGCUCCACAGAUCUGAACUGUAUCCUGGUCUGAUGUCAUUACCCGGUUGUCUCCUUGGAGAUAAAUAAGUUAGAUGCCGUAUUGUGGAACAUUCUAGGCAAAGAAAUUAAAUAUACCUUUUAAAAACGCGCAUUCUUACUGCGAGCACGACUGCCUCUCCACAGAUCUGAGCUGUAACACGCUUGUCUUGGUGGAAAAUAACAUCACCAUGGAGACGAGCAAUUGGCAGACUCUCCACCAGAAAAGUUACAUAGUGUAUCUUGUAAAUUUAGAAUAGUAAUAACAAGGAAAACAACUAUAUUUUCAACAAUAGUUUUCUAUGGAAAUGGGAGCAGGUUUUUGCAGAGUGGGGCCUGGAUAUAACAACUUGAUUUUAAAUAGAGUAUUAAAACUGCCGUAUCCACUUAUUUUAUUAUUAUUUGUGUGUUAUUAUUAUUAUUAUUACUACUGUCUUCUUGUCUGUUAAUCACAAGUCCAUUAAACACUGAGCUAAUUUAACCAGGUGAAUGUACAUACACCACUGUUUAACUGUAUAGUGUCAUAAUAAUAAAGCAAAAAAAUCAC